CCGCACUCUUCACCCGCAGCCACGGCGACACCAUGGAAGCCAACGCGUAUGAUGUGAUUGUGAUUGGGGGCGGCAUAUCAGAGUUAUGAAGCCGCGGUCUCCAAUGCGCGAUGGCGAAAGGACUAAGUGCAGCCAAGCUGUUGAUGGAGAGUGGCUUGAACCCUGUGGUCUUGGAAGCUAGAGACCGAGUUGGAGGGAGAACCUACACCGUUCAGAACAAACAAACCAAAUGGGUGGAUCUGGGCGGCGCAUACAUCGGACCCACUCAGAACCGGAUCCUGCGCUUGGCCAAGCAGUAUGGGGUUCAGACAUACAAGGUCAACGAACAGGAAUCCUUGGUCCACCAUGUGAAGGGGAAAUCAUAUCCAUACAAGGGAUCUUUCCCCCCAGUUUGGAACCCUCUUGCUCUGUUGGACUACAACAACCUCUGGAGGACCAUGGACAAGAUGGGCAUGGAGAUCCCAAAAGAGGCACCAUGGAGGGCCCCACAUGCAGAAGAGUGGGAUAAGAUGACCAUGCAAGAGUUAUUUAAGAAAGUCUGCUGGACCAGCGUGGCACGGCGCUUUGCCACGCUGUUCGUCAACGUGAACGUGACCUCUGAACCUCACGAGGUGUCUGCUCUCUGGUUCCUGUGGUACGUCAAGCAGUGUGGGGGUACCAUGAGGAUCUUCUCCACCACCAACGGAGGUCAGGAGCGUAAAUUUGUGGGAGGCUCAAGUCAGAUUAGCGAAUGCAUGGCCAGAGAGCUGGGAGACCGUGUGAAGCUGGACAGUGCUGUCUACAGCAUCGACCAGACCGGGGACAUGGUGCUGGUCAAGACACUUCACGAGGACACGUACAAAGCCAAGUAUGUGAUCCUUGCCAUACCACCAGGCCUGAACCUGAAGAUUCACUUUAAGCCUGAACUGCCCCCAAUAAGGAACCAGCUGAUUCACAGAGUGCCGAUGGGCUCGGUCAUCAAGUGCAUGGUUUACUACCGGGAGAACUUCUGGAGGAAGAAGGGCUACUGUGGUAGCAUGGUGAUAGAAGAUGAAGAGGCUCCCAUUGGCUUGACCCUGGAUGACACGAAACCUGAUGGCACAGUACCUGCCAUUAUGGGUUUCAUCCUCGCACGCAAAAGCAGAACGCUAGCGGGGCUUACCAAGGAAGAAAGGAAGAAGAGGAUCUGUGAGAUCUACGCACGAGUCCUGGGUUCAGAUGAUGCUUUGCAUCCCGUGCACUACGAGGAGAAGAACUGGUGUGAGGAGGAGUACUCCGCAGGCUGCUACACGGUCUACUUCCCCCCCGGCAUCCUCACGCAGUUCGGCAGGGUGAUGAGGGAGCCCGUGGGGAGGCUCUACUUCGCCGGCACUGAGACGGCAACGGAGUGGAGCGGCUACAUGGAGGGUGCUGUGCAGGCCGGGGAGAGAGCAGCCAGGGAGAUUUUGUGCAUGAUGGGGAAAAUCCAUUCAAGUCAGAUAUGGCAACCAGAACCUCAGUCAAUGGAUGUCCCUGCGGUUCCCUUUGUCACCACAUUCUGGGAACGAAAUCUGCCUUCUGUUGGAGGAUUCUUCAAGUUCCUGGGCGUGUCUUCUUUCUUGACCGUUGCCACGGUAGUAGGUGUGGUGGCUUAUAAGAAGGGACUUCUCCCAAGAAGCUAGACCUCCUUCUGCUCUACACAGCUUUUCUCACUAGCCUUGGUCAAGGCUCGCUUUCUGCUCAGUCACUGACUGACUGAGCAUGAGCUCAUGUGAUUUAGAGGAGGAUUUAGGCUAAUCAUUUCCUUAUCAUCUAAUUGCAACUUAAUAAAAAAAAAUCCUAGAAUAAUGAUCAAGUAAAUACCGCAGUUUUAAGUGUAAAAGGAGUUACAGAUCGUCACCCAGACAAGAUUCCCAGACAAGAAAAGCCACUACACAUUUUCAUGUACAGCAAGCAUGUGAUUAACCACACGAAUUGAUUACCUCUUCUGACUUUAGGUGCUGUUCUAAGGAACCCCUUAUCCGAACGAACUUUUCCAAAAUAUAUGUAACAAAGCUAAAGCAUUAUCUGAACUUUUUAUAUUAAGUUUUAUUUCAGACAGCAUAAGACAAGACACUUUGCGACUAUAUCCUCUCUGAAAUUGUAGACAGAACAUGUGAACGACUGUAAUUUUCCCAUUACAACAGUAACAGCAGUGUUCAGAUCUCUUAUGUCCUUAAAUGCUAUGUGAAUGUUCUGUGGGUGUACGGCAGGCUAACUGAAGUAAGGCGUUAGCCUGCCAUGAAGCCAGCUAGUUGUGCAGUCGGUCGGUCGGGCUGUCCUUCUCAGGUGUGCCCUGGGCUGAAAAAGUGUUGUAUCUCUUCAACUUCCUGUGCAUGACUGAAGUCUCUGUGUCACUUAUGACUGAAUCUUAUGUAAACAUUUGAAUGUAUUUUUUUUAGAUUAGAUAUUAUAUUUGAUUGAUUUUUAAACAUAAUUUCAGACAAAUAUUUACCUUUUAUUUUAAUCUUUGUUUUUUUAGAGAAUUUUCUAAGGUGUUGAACAUGUAUUCCUUUAUCCAUUUCCUUUCAACAAGAACAUGAACUUGGACGCAGUUGCCAUAGUAGCAGACACUAAAGUGUUUAUAGAAUCAUUUAUCAUUUUAAGCAUAUAUGCAGAUCUUCCAUUAUCUUUUGAGCAUAAAUUGUCUUACAUUUGUCUAUAUUGAUAAAUAUUCACUACUUCAUACAUCUAAACAUACAUACAUUUCAGUUAAAACAUCUAAACAUACAUACACACAAUUCAGCUAGAAGACUGAAUUAAUUUCCAUGCUCAUGUUUCUGAAUACUUUGAGUCAUUUUAAGACAAAGGUUAAUGUCUUGGGUAUUUGUAUGUGUUUACCAAAAAAAUGUAUUAAAAUAAAGAUUUUUGUCAUAGCCAAAGAUAGGAAGUAGUAAACAAAGACAAAUGGAAACUAUAAUCCUUUUCAUGACAUAAUUUAAAAAAUUUAAAUAGAAGUCAAAAUCUAAGUGAAUUAAAUGACUGUGAUAUAAGUCAAGAAACAGGAAGAUUAGAAAAUAACACUUUAUAUGUGCAAGCCCUCUGUAUGUGGAAUGUGUUGUUGUUCCAGAAAUACACUGUGAGUGGUUGUCUGUGGUGCCUUAAUGUAUUAGUGCUCCUCAUUUCUCAAGUGCCUCUGUGGUUGUCCUGUCUGGCACACUGUUCCUGGGUCAGCUGCUGGCCACUUUACUGAGCAGAUGCUUCACGUUAGUUACUUCAUUUUGGCCAAGUUCUUCUGCGUGCUCAUUCAGGUGGGAUGAAGGUUGAUGUGGGCGUCACAAUCAUACACUGGUUCUUACCCUUAGCUUCAUUUUCAGUAACAGUGAGCAUGCUCAGGUCCAAUAACGACACAAAACUGCAUCACAUAUUCAGUGUCACACACACUUACGAAAAUAUCCUCUUGUUGCUAGGGGGCGGGUCUUCGUCUCCAGGUCAUUCCCAGUGUCACAUGAGCGUAGCUACUGCAACAUUCACGUGAAGUCACUCGUACCCAAAGUAGUCACUGACAAAGCAGAGAUGAUUGAUCAGUACCAGAGAGUAAACGAAGACUGGCUGUGGACUGUACGCUUCUGUCUGAAAGCCUACCAAGGGUUAGCUUUGGUGACAGAAAAACACCUUUUGUUUUUUAAUCUUGUGGACUGUGAACUUAGUUCUACUGCAGUGGCUCUUGUCAAGGCCAUUCUAAUGUCAUGUUGUGGUUGAUGUUACUCUUUUGUCUGGUGAGUCGUGUCUCUCUGUGCUGUGACGAUGCUUUGCUAAGACCUUAGCAGAGUCCCUGACAAGAUUUUGUCCUUUUAUCAAACUGUGUGUGCAUUGUUCAGUGUCUGCUCUUGUAACUGUGUCACUUGAUUUCUUUGUGUACAACACAGCCGGUAAUAAAAAUGUGAAUGAGG